UUGUUUAUGAUAAUCAUGUGGGAGGCCAAAAAUACAAAUUGGCCGAAGAGAAAUGUUGAGUACCGCCGAUCGGAUUCGUUGGUGUGAUGUGGCGGUGUCGGCACGCGACUAAAGCGGGUCCGGUCCCCCGCGCUGAUCCCGGCUACCGCACGCGCCAUCACCCCGCCGUCCGCCCGCGCACCGCCCCUCGUCUCCGCCGACGCCAGCCGCCGCUGCCAGCACACUCUCGCAGCCCACGAGAGCGCCCACCGACCGACGCUCAUUCCGACGCCGAAGCCCGACGCGUGACGACGUUCCAGCCAGAGGUCGACACGACGUCGCCGAGUCACUACGCUCCAGAUGCCGCAGUAGUUAUGACCGCGAAAAGUAAACGAGCCGCAGAACCGAGAAGAGCCAACAAACCGCUGAUGGAGAAACGACGCCGGGCCAGGAUCAACCAGAGUCUGGCCGCUUUGAAGACCCUAAUCUUGGACUCGGCCAAGGCGGACAACACCAAGCACUCCAAGUUGGAGAAGGCGGACAUCCUGGAACUCACCGUACGACACUUCCAGAGGCACCGCAGCUUGGACGUCAAGGGGGUCAAUCAGUACAAGGCGGGGUACGCGGACUGCGUCAGGGAAGUCCAACGGUACUUGGAAACCCCAGAUGCCCAAACAAUGACUGUCAUGGACUCCGGAGUUCGGCAACGCCUCCUCCGCCACCUGGAUAACUGCGUAUCCGAGGUGGACGUGGACAUCCGCCUGGCCAAUCAGCCACCACCUCCCCCAGAGGAAAGAAUCCAACCUCCAGACAGCACACUGGAAGAAGUGAACAACAACUUGAACAACACCCGCCUAGAACCAAAGCUCCCAGAACCGCCGCAAAAGAUGGUCAAGAAUUACGACGGAAACUUCGUACUACUCCUCCCAGAACACUACGUGCAGCUUGCCAGUGCUCUGGGGGUGAACCUUCGACAGAAACCUGAACCGCUGCCCAGUCCAAGUACGUCGGGCUGCGACAAGGCGCCGACAGAACCGCCGAGUAUGAAAUGUGAAAUACCGAUGGAGAACGCCAUGGACUUCAGCAAGAACAAUGAAUGUUGUGACGGUGCGAUGUGGCGACCAUGGUAGACUAUGAUAAAUUGUUUUUGUGUGCAAUGGACUAACGCGAAUCGAAACCAAAGAACUUUAAUCAAAGAUUUAUUUUUAAAAAGUGAGAUUAUUGUACAUACGUAUAACUUUAUUUAUUGUUAUAUACUUUUUAUUGUUUACAUACAAUAGAGAAUGUAAAAUUUGUAUAAAAUGCAAUUGACAAAUAAAUGCUUGAAAAUUA